AUGGCGGACCUGCUGCCGGGCGCGCCGUACAACAGGCAGUCCGCCAACUGCUGCCGUGGCGGCGUGCUCUCGUCCGUCACGCAGAACAACAGGACGGCCACCUCGCAGUUCGAGAUGUACAUAGUCAAUUUCGCGCUCGACGAGCACGGCGACCCCAAGAUGCCGACCACCUUCAGCAUCGGCGUGCCGGGCUACACCUGCAGCAACGCCACCAACGUGCCGGCGACGAGGUCCAAGGUCGACGAGCAGCGCCACGUACAAGUUCUGCGGACAUGGCAGAUCAUCUGCUCGUACUCGCAGUUCAGGGACGCACCGUCGCCGUCCUGCUGCGUCUCCCUCACGACCUUCUACAACAACACGAUCGUGGGGUGCCCGCGGGACAGCUGCGGUGGUGCAAACUCUCCCUCGGCGCAUCAGUGCCUCAGCGGCGGCGAGCAGUCCAAGGUACUGGCGGCGCUGCCUGACGCCGACGGCGCUCCGCCCGUGCCGGUCAUCCGGUGCACGGAGCACAUGUGCCCGAUCCGGGUGCACUGGCACGUGAAGCAGAGCUAUCGGGGGUACUGGAGGGUGAAGACAACGGUGACGAACUACGACGUGGUCAGCAACUACACUGACUGGAACCUGGUGGUGCAGCACCCCAACCUCCGGAGCCUGACGCAGCUCUUCAGCUUCAACUACCAGCCCCUCAUCCAGUACGGCACCAUCAAUGACACGGGGGUGUUCUGGGGGAUCAAGAACUACAACGAGAUGCUGCUGAGGGACGGGAACGUGCAGACCGAGAUGAUACUGGAGAAAGACCCGAGCGACUUCACCUUCUCGGGGGGCUGGGCGUUCCCGAGGAGGGUCUACUUCAAUGGACACGAGUGCGUCAUGCCGCCGCCGGAUCAGUACCCUUCGCUGCCCAAUGCGGCCUGGGACGUGCGUGUCUCGGCGGUGCAGCGGUGGCUGGUCGCCGGCUCUUGUCUGCUCUCGUUGUCUAUGUUGUUUCUCGUAUAAAGGAUACCUGACUAGCCCUGAAUACACGGGGUUUGAGUAUCUCAGUUUAACUGGCCUGUAGAGUACAACUAAUCCAGCAUAGCAUCUACCUCCUCUUUGAGCGGCUAUAGAUUAAACUAUUGCUCAGUGACA